AUGAUCGCAGCUGAUAUAAAUAUUUUGCAAUCAAAGUUUACCACCCUCUUCAAAACCUCUAGAAAUCGAGUGCAUUUAGCAUUUUUGCAACAGUUUAGCAAUGCCGUUAAUUCAUUCCAACAUGAAUACCAGUCAGUAUUAAAAGAAUUCGAAUUGAGAACAAUAAACUUCUUGGUGGUCAGAAAUGUGCACAAAUGUUCAUGUAAUACGAAAAUUGGUUUAUGGAUUGAAGAAAUAAAUGAUUUUAUCUAUAAAUUUGAAGACUUAAAAAGGUCUCUUGCUAUUCUACAAAGUAUUUUUGAAUCGUCAUGCAGGCUUGUAUAUCAUGUGUACCAUGAUAAUCAUUUUUCAUUUGAAUACGCUCAAGAUGAAAAACUGACGUAUCUAUUAGACAGAUUGAAAAGCCUGACAGGAUGGUUAAAUCUGGCAGCUACGGGGAAUGAUAAUUCUAAGCCGACUGGAGUCAAUGCACACGAUGUUAAAUAUCGUUUUAAGUAUUCGACUUUGAUAGAAGCCUUAGAUUUACAUCGUGAUUGUUACCAGUCCUCCUACUGUCCAAUACCAAUUAAUGAAAAGUGUCUGUCGAUACAGAAUUUACAAUGUGUUCAUUACACUGAUAGGAUAAAUCAAGAUAUACAAAGAACAUGGAAUUUACUAUGUGACUGCUAUUGGUUAGUAUUAACAUCCAAAUUAUCCGAAAUGAAUGCUUAUUUAUCAAAUAUCAACAGUGAAUGGACUGAAAAGAAUGUUACAUCAGAUAUUCAAUCUCCGCAUUGUUAUGCUGUAACAAGGCGAUGCAAUCGAAUAAUUUACAAUCUAUUACAACAGUUAUUAUCCUAUCCAACUGCAUUGAGCGUUUUCAAUUCAAACAAGGAGUGUCUCAGUGAAAUGUACAAUAAUCUAAGCAUUAUGAUAAAAUAUGCAAAUGACAAGAGUAUUAUCGGUAAGUAGAAUAUUUAUAAGAGUUUCAGUCAAUCAAAAAUUUAAAUACUGUUUGUUCAGAAGACAAACAACCUGAUGUUUUAGAACUGCGGAUGGAUGUAAUCAGUAGAAAGCUCUGUACCUAAAUUUCAUGCUUGCUGGUAAAGUACAUCUAAAAAUUUCAAAAGAAUUGAUGUUAUCUCGGAGAUUUAAACCUGCAUAAAUCCAUACUGUUGUUGAAGACGUUACGACCAAGCUAGUAGGUUUCAAGGGUGAUCUUCUAUAGGACUGUAAUAGAUGCACUGUAUACUCCAGUAUUAGAUUUGAACCAUCUAACACCGAUUCAAAGUGCACCAUGAUGAUGGGUUACCUAGUUUGGUGAUCAUUUUGCAUCACUGACUGAUAGAAUCCAAUCACAACUGAUACAAAGGACCAGAAUCAUGCCAUCGGUUGCUUCCUACUGAUCACUCAGUGUUCUCAAAAUUACCAUUCCAGAUGGGAUUCAUAAAUGAAAUUUUGGAAACAUUUAUUUCCCGAUACGAAUUUAAAACAGGCAACAAAGGUUAAUAAAUUGUCGAAACCUUCAGAGUAUUUACUUCCAGAAUAUUUCCUCUUUAUACACGGUUUUCAUAUAAAGUAAUAAUCUAAAGGGUAUCGGACGACGAAGCGUUCCUGCAUCUGAAGGAAAAACCUAUUUACUAAGUAUUUUCUUCAUUAUUUCGUCAAAUAAUUGCAUAAUAUUUAGUUGGAGGUUAAUUAAAUAAGCGGGUGACUUCAUUUAGUUUUUUUUGUUCUUUCACAUUCCCAGUGGAACAUGGGGCUUCAAGCUACAGACUUCAAGUUUACGUAGCAGUGGUGAUUAUUUUUACAGAAUGGGGUUGCUAGCCUCAUGCCCAACCUUUUCUCUUUAUCAGUCUUGUUACUGGCUCAGUGAGGUUAAGAAGUGCGUCUGUGGCCGGGGAUCGAACUUCGGGCCAUACGCAUGGUCGGAGAGCAUCACAACCGCUGUGCCAGCGACGCACUCCUUCAUGUUGUGGUCAUCUGGUAUAAUUGCACGAAUGAAACAAUAGGAGAUACAGAAGAAAUACAGUUUCACGGUUGGAAAUUCUGGUAGCUCAGUGAGUAAAGCAGGCCGCUUUGAGUCUGCUUUUAACUCACAAUCCAAUUAUCGCCACGCUAUCCAGUUAAG